ACCACUGUGGUCACCGUUGUGUUUGCAUGUGUGUCUGUGUGUGUGAAGGCUGCAGGAGUUGGAUGGCUUUUUAUUGACAUGAUCAACAAGCACACAUGAGUGCCUGAGUUACUGAUUACAGGUGAUUUUAUAAUUUUUUUCUGUGAUAAGACUUGUGCUUUAAGCACAAAGUCCUGUCAAAGGUACAACAAGCUUUCAGCUGGGACCCUUCCUACUGUAGGAUCACUGUUGCCUCACAGAUCUUAUUAGUGCUGUUUUUCUGCUGUUUUUGCAUCUACACACAGCGGCAUCAUGAGUGUAGAGUCUAAAAAACCACGUGAGCCAGGUUGCUGCAAGCUCAAGCUCUUCCUGGUUUCUCUGGCAUUUGUGUAUUUUGCUAAAGCUUUCUGUGGAGCCUAUCUGAAGAGCUCUAUCACCCAGAUUGAGAGGCGCUUCGAUAUACCUAGCUCCCUGAUUGGGGUUAUAGAUGGAAGUUUUGAAAUGGGUAACCUUCUGGUAAUAGCCUUUGUUAGUUAUUUUGGUGCUAAGCUCCAUCGUCCCAGGCUGAUUGGUAUCGGCUGUUUGAUCAUGACCAUAGGAACCUUCCUAAUAGCCCUUCCACACUUUUUCCAGGGACCGUAUAAAUAUGAGACUAGCCUGUCUCACAACACUGAGGUCAACAACACUAAAUCCAUAAUGCCCUGUCAGUCCAACCACAGCAUGUUUGACAGUAAUGACAAACUCGAUGAAUUAACCAAAAAAGACUGUGAAAAGGCAGCUGGCUCAUCCAUGUGGAUCUACAUUUUUGUGGGAAACAUGUUGCGUGGAAUUGGAGAAACCCCAAUCAUGCCCCUGGGAGUGUCGUAUUUGGAUGAUUUCUCAAGAGAGGAAAACACUCCUUUCUAUUUGGCCUGCAUCCAUACAGUAGGAAUCUUAGGACCUAUGGUAGGGUUCAUGAUGGGAUCCUUCCUUGCCAAGAUCUACGUAGACAUUGGAUUUGUGGAUUUGGACAGCAUCACCAUCACCCAUAAGGACUCUCGCUGGGUGGGGGCCUGGUGGCUGGGCUUCAUAGUGACUGGCACGGUGAUUCUGCUGUCUAGUAUCCCCUUCUUUUUCCUGCCAAAGUCGCUGCCCAAACAGGGGCAAGAGAAGACCAAAAGUAAAAGCACAGAGCUUUCCACUGUGACAGAGCAGGAGAAUUUCUUGCCAGAGGAGACACAGGAACAUGAAGAGAAAUCAGUCACAUUGCAGCAGAUGGUUAAAGACUUUGUUCCAUCCCUGAAGCGACUCUUCAAGAACAGCAUCUUCUCAAUGAUGAUCCUCACCUACCUGGUGGUUGUCAAUGGGUUCAUUGGCAUGAUCACCUUCAAGCCAAAGUUCAUGGAGCAAAUAUUUGGCCAGUCAGCAUCCAAGGCCAUUUUCCUCAUAGGUAUUAUGAACCUUCCAGCAGUAGCUCUGGGCAUCAUCACAGGAGGUUUUGUGCUAAAACGUUUCAAGCUGGGGAUUGUUGGAGCAGCCAGGGUGUCCAUUGCUGCAUCUCUUGGGUCCUUUUGUGUGCUUGCCAUUCAGGUUUUCCUUCAUUGUGACAAUGCAGAGGUGGCUGGUCUCACUGUUUCAUAUCAAGGGGCUCAGCAAUUAUCCUACAACCAACAGACUUUGCUGUCUCAGUGCAACAAGGAUUGCUCUUGCUCAAUGAACCUCUGGGACCCUGUGUGUGCCUACAAUGGCAUAACGUAUGCCUCACCUUGCCUGGCUGGAUGUCAGACCUCCACCGGGACUGGAAAGUCAAUGGUGUUUCAUAACUGCACCUGUGUUGGAAUGACAGCAACUCCUGCCAUGAACAUGUCAACAGUGCUGGGCCAGUGCCCCAGGAAAAGUAACUGUGAUAGCAAAUUCAAAAUCUACAUGGCUUUGUCAGUGAUUGGGUCUUUCAUUUCUGCCUGCGGUGGGACACCAGGAUAUAUUGUGUUACUCAGGUCCAUACAGCCAGAUCUGAAGUCCUUGGCUUUGGGAAUGCAGACGCUGAUUGUAAGAACUCUGGGUGGCAUCCCUCCCCCGAUAUAUUUUGGAGCACUGAUUGACCGGACCUGUUUGAAGUGGGGCACCAAGGCGUGUGGAGGCCGUGGAGCGUGUAGACUCUAUGAUGCCAAUGCAUUUAGAAUGACAUUCCUGGGCCUGAUUACUGGACUCUACUUCCUAGCCAACACGUUGUGGGGGGGCCUCUACAUGAAAAUUGUCAAGAGACAGAAGAAGUUAGCGCUGAGGAAUCAGGCCAAAGAAAACGGACUGGAGGGUAAUGACAUGAGCAAUGGACAUGCCAAUAUUACCAUUGACAAAAACAAAGAGGACACAAACAAGGAGAGCACAAUUUAAAGCGUUAUAGGGAAACAACACCAUUGUGUAAUACAGGCAAAUGCCUGGAUACUGUGCUGCAUCCAAACUGGACCAAAUGUUUUAAUGGUACAGUGUCAGCACUGUUUGGUCUUAGAGCAGUAUACCUCUUUCUUUCUUUCUUUUUUCAUUUCAAUAUUUUAGUAAAAUCAGUAACAGUUGUCCACUUUAAAGGCCACAGAUCACAACAACAGCUUAAUUGUCGUUUAUUUUUAUUUUUUUUUUAGGAAAAUGAAGUGCACACAUCUAAACAGUCACACACUGUAAUGCAGCUGCUUUUUACACAGGUCAGGUGCCAGCAACACAUACCUGUUUCAGAUAAUAGCAGUAAUGUAUGUCACUUGUCACGCUAGUAAUUUUUGUGUUGUUUGCCAAAAAUCUGUACUGUAUAUGUACAAAAUACAGUUUUACACAGUUCUACAACUAAAUUAAGUCAGUUGUGGCCGAUGAUGUGAAUUUACAGUUUAGUACUAUGAAGUGUUGAGCUAGAAUUACAUAGAUUAU